CUAGCCGCUCGCGUUCAUUCCUCCGGCACCUUUCCAGGUUUGGGAUAGGCGGGAGCGGUGGGCUUAGAAGCCGGAAGUGGGUUGACGUAGCCCGGAAGGGGAAUACUUCCCAGUUACCGUGUUGAUGUUUUCAGACUGCUGCUGCUGCUGCUGUUGCGGCUAGGGGAAUUGUCGUGGGGAAGAAUGGUGUGCGAAAAAUGUGAAAAGAAACUUGGUACUGUUAUCACUCCAGAUACAUGGAAAGAUGGUGCUAGGAAUACCACAGAAAGUGGUGGGAGAAAGCUGAAUGAAAAUAAAGCUUUGACUUCAAAAAAAGCAAGAUUUGAUCCAUAUGGAAAGAAUAAGUUCUCCACUUGCAGAAUUUGUAAAAGUUCUGUGCAUCAACCAGGUUCUCAUUACUGCCAGGGCUGUGCCUACAAAAAAGGCAUCUGUGCAAUGUGUGGAAAAAAGGUUUUGGAUACCAAAAACUACAAGCAAACAUCUGUCUAGAUGUAUUGAUGGAAUUUCUGACUUUCUAAAUGAUUUUACUUUCUGCCUUGAAUUUUCAAGGCAUAGAUGUCAACUUACAGAAUAACGUGUUUUAAGACAAUUAAGUUUAAAGCAGAGAAUUUGAUCGUUAUUCAUUUUGCUCUCAUGCUCUAAACAGCAUCAGUGUAACUAGUCUUUUGCCGUAAAUGGUUUUUUCCUUAUGAGCAUUUUGUUGAACUAAGUGGCAAAUUCCAUGAAAAAUUUCUCAGUUCUGUAUGCACUUUUAUUUAACAUUAUUCAUGUAAUUCUCCCCCCCCACACACUUUAUUUAUAGAUACUGCAAAAGUGAGAAGGAGGUAAUAGAUAUUUUGCUCUGAAUUUGGCAUCCAGAGUUAACAGUUCUCCCCUCACUCCCUUACUCGUGUCAGAGUUAUUAGAAUCAGCAGCCUCUUAACUAAUUGCAGUUUCAUAGGAUGUAUAAAUGUUUCAAGCUGUUAUUGCUGAAUGGUUCUUUAGUUAUUAACCUAGACCCAAAUCAAAGACCAGUUUUUAUUUGUUCUUGCCGCCAAAGUGCCAGUUCCUUUAAUAUGUGACCAGGAACACAAGGAAUAUCCAUAUGUCCAAAUAAACACACUGAAUUUUAGAAAAACAUAUUACUUUGAAUUCAAAUUGUCAUGAAAACCAGAACAGUGUUUGUCCGUGUUGCAUGUAAUGAAAAUAAAUCCCUACUCUUCGAGAAAAGCUCUUUGAAGCAAAAACCAAACUUUUUUUUUUUUUUUUUUAACCUCCUGUCUUGCUCCCUAAAAGAAAUAAAUAAAGCAAACAUCU